AGAUUCAAAGAAUACAAUACGACGUAGAAGUGAACACACCAAGUGUCGCAACUAUAAAGUGCUUACUUGUGAUCAAAAUAAGUGUUUAAAACCAAAACAAAAUGGUGAAAUCGAUUGGAAUCGACCUGGGAACAACGUACUCCUGCGUUGGCGUCUGGCAGCACGGCAAAGUGGAAAUAAUCGCCAACGACCAAGGAAACAGAACGACACCAAGUUACGUCGCCUUCACAGACACAGAAAGACUCCUCGGAGACGCGGCCAAGAACCAGGUGGCCAUGAACCCCAGCAACACGGUCUUCGACGCCAAAAGACUGAUAGGGAGGAAGUUCGACGAUCCGAAAAUCCAGCAAGACAUCAAACAUUGGCCCUUCAAGGUGGUCAACGACAACGGCAAGCCCAAAAUCCAGGUGGAGUACAAGGGGGAGAAGAAAAUAUUCGCCCCCGAAGAGAUCAGCUCUAUGGUCUUGACGAAAAUGAAGGAAACGGCAGAGGCGUACCUUGGAGAAAGUGUGAAAGACGCUGUAAUCACUGUACCGGCUUAUUUCAACGACUCCCAAAGACAAGCGACGAAAGACGCCGGUGCUAUAGCUGGGUUGAACGUGAUGAGGAUCAUAAACGAACCGACAGCAGCCGCUUUGGCUUACGGUCUGGACAAAAACCUCAAAGGGGAGAGGAACGUUCUAAUCUUCGACCUGGGUGGUGGAACCUUCGACGUCUCCAUCCUGACCAUAGACGAAGGAUCCUUGUUCGAGGUUAGAGCCACGGCCGGUGAUACACAUCUAGGUGGUGAAGACUUCGACAACAGGUUAGUGAAUCACCUGUCGGAAGAAUUCCAGAGGAAAUACAAGAAAGACCUGAGAAGCAACCCAAGAAGCCUCCGACGUCUGAGAACCGCAGCAGAAAGGGCCAAACGUACCUUAUCAUCCAGCACAGAAGCCACCAUUGAAAUCGACGCUUUAUACGAUGGAGUCGAUUUCUACACGAAAAUCUCCAGGGCAAGAUUCGAAGAGCUAUGCUCAGAUCUGUUCAGAAGCACCCUUCAACCAGUCGAGAAAGCUUUGGCCGACGCCAAAAUGGACAAGGGAACCAUACAAGACGUAGUUCUAGUCGGAGGUUCCACCAGAAUCCCCAAAAUCCAACAGCUACUCCAGAACUUCUUCAGCGGCAAACCCUUGAACCUAUCCAUCAACCCAGACGAAGCAGUCGCUUACGGAGCGGCAGUUCAAGCAGCGGUACUGGGAGGAGCAACGGAUUCCAAAAUUCAAGACGUGCUCUUAGUUGACGUGGCCCCACUAUCCCUCGGAAUCGAGACGGCUGGAGGUGUAAUGACCAAGAUCAUCGAGAGAAACGCCAGGAUCCCCUGCAAACAAACCCAGUCCUUCACGACUUACGCCGACAACCAACCGGCCGUCACCAUCCAGGUGUUCGAGGGCGAAAGAGCCAUGACCAAAGACAACAACUUGCUGGGAACGUUCGACCUAACCGGGUUACCUCCUGCGCCUCGUGGGGUCCCAAAGAUUGAGGUCACCUUCGAUCUGGACGCAAACGGAAUCCUGAACGUUUCCGCCAAAGAUACCAGCUCUGGAAAUUCCAGAAACAUCACGAUCAAAAACGACAAAGGUCGUCUAUCCCAGAAAGACAUAGAUAAGAUGGUCGCGGAUGCGGAGAAAUACAAGGAAGAAGACGAAAAGCAAAGGCAGAGAGUUUCCGCCAGGAACCAACUAGAGGGCUAUAUCUUCCAACUGAAACAAGCCGUAGCCGACUGCGGAGACAAACUGAGUAGCGAAGAUAAAGCUACCGUCGAAAGAGAAUGCCAGAAUAGCCUCCAAUGGUUGGACUCGAAUACUCUAGCAGAAAAGGAGGAAUACGAAGAUAAACAGAAACAAUUAACGUCCAUCUGCAGUCCCAUCAUGUCAAAACUCUAUGCUGGAGGAGCUGCUGGUGGGAACGCUGGAAUGCCUGGACAACAAACCGGGGGAAACAAAGGUCCUACCAUCGAAGAAGUUGAUUAAAACAUUGUUAACAUUUCUAUAUCUUUAAGAAGACUGAUUUAUUUAGCGUUGAAUAGUUUCUAAGUUGUUUUAUUUUCAUAGAAAAAUGUGAUAAUUUAUUUGAAUAAAAGCUUAUAAUACUA